GGAAUACAUGGUUGAAUGCCUGCCUAAACAUCAAGAUAACCUCACAUUCUCCUCUCUCUCUCUCCUACCUUGCAAUUAAGGGUAGCAGCAGUACUCUCCUCACUGCUGGCUGACUGCUCCCAUUUUCUCUCUCUACUCUCUCUCUCUCUCUCUCCUCUAUUCCUUUUAUACUUGUUGUUGGUAGCUAGGAGUAUAGCAGGACAGCACAAGGAACCAAUUCAUGCAUAUAUCCCUGGUGUCUCUCAUGCAUGUUAGUGUGAAGAAAGAAGAAGCUUGAGAGAGAAGAGAGAGUUAGAGAGAGAAAGUAGAGUGUUUGUAGAGAGAGAAAGUGGUGUGUGUACUAGUAGUAACUCCAAGCCAGUGCUAGAGACAGAGAUACAAAAAGGAGACAUCAUCCUUCUCUUGGCCAAAGCAAGCAACCAAGCAAAGCUUCCUCUUCUUCUCCAAGAACUCCAAGAACCUUCUCCUUCAUCUUCUCCACCAUGAUUCCUUCCAUCGCAUGAGCUCCAUCUCCGGCGUGUCGAUCGAGAUCACCGUUGCUGCUGCCGAGGUGGAGAAGGAGGUGUUUGAUCGAUCGGUCGAUGGAGGCGAGCUCGGCGGCGACGCCACCGGACCUGUCGCUGCACAUCAGCUUGCCGAGCAGCGCGGCGGUGGCGACGUCGGGGGGAGGGCGUGGCGGCGGCGGGGUGGUGGUGGGAGGAGGAGGAGGGGACCCGUGGCGGAGGCUGGAUGGGUCCACGGCGUCGACGGAGUUGUCGCUGUCGCCGCCGCCGGCGCAGGCGGCGGGUGGGGGAGGUGGUGGUGGUGGAGCGGACGCGCUGCCGUGGCGGCACCGACCUUCGCCGCCGUCGUCGGCGGUGGCCACCACGUCUGCCGCCGCCGCGGCGGCGCUGAUGGCGCCGAUGAUGCUGCAGCCGCUCGACGCCGGCGGCGGCGCGUCGGCGCCGCCGCCGCCGAUCCGCGGGAUACCUAUCUACAACGGCCCCGGCGGGUUCCCGUUCCUGCAGCCGUCGCCCACCGCCGGCGACGUCGGCCACCACCACCACCACCACCCCAAGAUGGGAUUCUACAGCUCGUACCACCACCCAUCCACGUGGCCCUCCACGUCGCCGUCCCCGCUCGCGGCGCCGCCGGGCGCCGCGUCGUCGCCGCUCGACCCCACGGCGGCGUUCCUCUCCUCCCCCCACCACCGGAUGCUGUCCGCCGCCUCGGGGAGGCUCAACGGCAUGCUCUCCGUCUCCGACACCCUCCGCAGCUACGGCGUCCCCGGCGCCGCCGCCCCCGGCGUCAUCGGCGGCGCGCACCACCACCACCACCACCUCCACGGCGGCCAGCCGUUCGUCGGCGCCCUCGCGUCCCGCUUCAUGCCCAAGCUCCCCGCCAAGCGCAGCAUGCGCGCGCCGCGCAUGCGCUGGACGAGCACCCUCCACGCCCGCUUCGUCCACGCCGUCGAGCUCCUCGGCGGCCACGAGAGGGCGACGCCCAAGUCGGUGCUGGAGCUCAUGGACGUCAAGGAUCUGACGCUAGCGCAUGUCAAGAGCCACCUCCAGAUGUAUCGCACCGUGAAGAGCACUGACAAGCCUGCAGCCUCUUCAGGGCCGGCGGACGGCGGCUCCGGCGACGAGGAGUUCGCCGGCGGCGGGCAGGCGGCGUCGGGCGGCGGCGACAGCAUGUGCCUGAGGGGUGGCGGCGGCGGCGGGGUGGCCGCGGCGGCGUUCGCGGAGCACGGCCGGUCGGCGUCGGAGGGCGCCGCCAGCUCGGUCGGCGGCGGCGGCGGCGGCGACAUGGACCAGUCGUCGGCCGGCAACACCAGCACCACCAGGUGGAGCAACUCCUCAAGGGACCCAUGGCUGUCGUCCAAUUCUUGCAACAUGGACGCCCAUCGCUCCGUAGGAUUGUCUUCUCCUAUUGAGAACUUGGAACCGUGCAGAUCGAGCAGCUCGCAGGUGUCCAACCAUGAGCUGAGUAGCCCUAGUCUCGAGUUCACUCUAGGGAGGCCUGACUGGCACGGUGCAGAUCAUGAUUAGAUGGCAAUCACAGAGGCUAAUGAUCAAAAAAAAAUUUCUCCUGAGAUGUGAAAUAUAUAUGUGAUAUACACCAACCUGGUGCUGAUCAUCUUUCGCCAACCCCAGCUUAGCCAGAGCCAGUUCGUCUGAAGCUUGUCAUGGCGAAGAAUGAUCAGCAGCAAUGGCUUGAAACGCACAUCAUAUCCACUGCGUCGUCGUCAUCGUCGUCGCAAUCGAUCGGAGAAGAGAUAUAUAUUUCGCGUCUCGAUCUCAUCAUCACAAUUUGGGUUUUCUUGAUUCCUUCUUCUUCUUCUUUUUGCAAUUAAUAUCAUGGAUGCAGCUAGAGUUUCCUUGUCUGAUCUCCAUAUUUAUUUAGUUUUGUUCGCCGUGCCGGGAUCGAUUUACAGUGUAGUUCAGUGGUGAGCUAGCUAGCUAGAGAGUGAGUGAGUGAGUGUCAGCUAGGCAGCUGGAGAUCGAGAGUGUGAGUUUGGUGAUGAGUUGGUUGUGUGUUUGUCAGUGUGUGUGAAAGUGUGUGUGCCAUUAGCACAUGGAAAGUUGGAAAGGAGAGAAAGGAAGAAAGAAAAGGGAAUUGAGUUCAGGUGAAGCAAUCUGCCAAUCUAUCUAGCUACCUAUCUAUCCAUCUACUUAGCUCAGUUGCUCA